GUAGAUGUCAUAACAUAAACAUAACCAAUAUUGCGACGUGCAUCGUUUUAUUUAAUCCAUAAAUUUAUAAAAAUUAAAGUUAUUUUAAAAUUAAAACGUUAUGGCUAAGCCACCGCAACGUGAUAUUAUAAAGAUAAUUUUCCAAAAUUUCUUUAAAUCCUUCAGACCAAGACAGAUUCGUGGCAAUUACAUUGGUGAGGAUUAUUUUGGCAACAAAUAUUUUGAAAUACCACCAAAUCCCUCAAUUGGAAAACGUAAAGCUUCUCGAUGGUUUGAACCAGCCGAUAAAGAGGCAUUCGAUCAAGAGCUAACUGCAGAGUGGGAAGCUUGGCUCAGAGGUCGCAGAGAAGAACCACCUACCAAAGAGGAAUUGGUGAGAAAUUUGCAAAUUAUGGAUAUGAAGAAAAGGAAUGCUGCAGAACUGGAUACCAAAUAUGGCAAGAAGGAUGAUCAGGGUAAAUUGAUAGUACCAGAAAAGGAGACCAUAGGCACUUUUCCUAAAUACAAGGAAUACGAAAUUAUUCCAAGUAAGGAUCCUGAGAAGAAAUUUUAAAAUCCGUAAUGAGCUUAGAGUAAGACAGGCUUUGUGAUAAUUUAUAUUAAUUAAAUUGUUUAGAUGUUUAAUAUUGUGUUGAAUAAAGAUUAAAUCCAUGAGCAAUGUUGGAUAAAAAAA